GAGGAGGAGGGAGGAAAGACUAGAAAGGUCACAAGGAGAGAGAGUCACGCGCACAGACAUAGAGAGGGGAGAGAGAGAGAGAAAGAGAAGCACGAAUCCCAACCCACCAAUGGCGUUGCGGACCCUCGCGCUGCCUUUGGUUUCCGUUCCCGCUGUCUCGCCGACAUCAUAUUCUUCUCCUUCCUCGUCUUCACCGAGCUGUUUUCCCGUAACCAGUGGUUCGCCUCCUUCUCUUACUCUCACGCCGUUCCUCCGCCGCCACCGCCCAACGCCGCCAAUCUUGGCCCAUCGCCGGUUUCCUAGUCAUGUCGUUCGCAUGGCUCCCGAGGAGGAAAAGAUGACUCGCCGCUCCCCGCUUGAUUUCCCCAUCGAAUGGGAAAGGCCUAAGCCUGGAAGGAGACCAGAUAUAUUCCCCCAGUUUGCCCCAUUGAAAACACCCUUGCCAAUUCCAAUGCCAGCAGAUCCUCCCGAAGAAGAUGAGGAAGAGGAGGAAAAGAAAGAGGAAGAAGAGGAGGAGGAUCCAGAAAAGGAAAACCCAGAUAACCCUGAAAAGCAGUAACUAUGUACAAUGGCAUGGGAGUUGUCUUGAGUGCUGUUCAAUUGUUGUGGCAUUAGUUAACAUGAUACUGAAGCUCAGUAAAUGUUGCUAACAAUAUGCAGACGCAACAUAGAAUGGCUCAGAAAUCAUAUUCUAGUGUCAAGAAAGUCUUGAUGUUUGCAUAGAGUAGCUGUGUUUGUGCCACCCACUUCAAGGAAGUCAUAAUUUUGAGUAGGCGUAAUCUUCUUUUUAUGAGCAAUCUUAAGUUUUGUGUUCUACGAUUUAUUUUUUAUAAAAUCUGUCUAUUUGAAGUUCGUUUCA